AUGACUACAUCAUUACCUAUAAUUGCCUUCGCCGCCUCAUUUGCAAUAGGAAAGGGAGAAGAGAAGGGCAAGUUCAGAAGUAAUGGUUUAGAUAGGGUCUGGUUCAGAAAUGUGGAAGGAUGCGUGAUGAUGAGGAGCAAGCCCAAGUUUCUGGUGGCUGCACUAAAAAUAGUUGAAAAGGGGAACAUCAAUACUCAUGAUGAUGACGACGACGAAGAUAUUGAUGAUGAUGUUGUUGAUGUCGAUGAUGAUGAUGAUUUUGAUCCAAAUUGUGACCACCCAUUAAAAAAGUAUCUAUCCAACUUGAAGGCCAUGGAAAGUAAGCUUGGGCUUCCAAUGAAGGCACUGUUUUCGAACCUCCCUUCAUUUCAGAAGCCACUCGCAUGUUUGAGGGAAGACAUCGAUGAGGUGGAACAAGCCGUUGCAAAAACUGGAUUAGAUUUCGGUGAUCAGCUCUCUCUUUUGAGGAUCAAGCAUAAUGAGGCUCACAAACUUUCUUACGCGCAAUUCACGCCAAUUCAGCGCAUGACCAUUGCUAGAAAUCCAAAUAGGCCGACAAUUCUUGAUCACAUUAUAAGAAUCACAGAAAAGUGGGUACGAAUCCAUGGAGAUGAUGAAGCAGGCUAUGAUGAUCCAGCAAUUGUGACUGCUCUAGGGACCAUUGAAUCUGAAACUUACAUGUUCAUUGGUCAUCAGAGGCACACAAAUGACAGUUUUAAAGGCUACAGAAAGACUUCGCAAAUGAUGAAGUAUGCUGAACAUCUUGGUUUCCCUAUUGUCAUUUUUAUCAACACAACAGGUUCUUUUGCUGAUUUGAAAUCAGAGGAACUUGGUCAGGAUGAAGCAAUAUCACAAAAUUUAAGGACAAUGUUUGGCUUGAAAGUUCCAAUUAUAACGGUAGUGAUUGGCGAAGGUGGUUCCGCUAGUGCUCUUUUGAUCGCUUGUGCGAACAAACUACUAAUGAUGGAGAACUCUGCAUUUUAUGUUGGCAGUCCCGGAGGAUGCGCAGAAAUAAUGCAGAGAUUAUCCUCAGCAGCACGUGAGGAAGCUGAAAAGGAGAACAUUGUUUCUCAAGAACAACAUUACAGGCUAAGGAUUGCAGGUCAAGUCAUUCGGGACGCUGAUGAUCAUGCUCAAACUAGAAAAGGUUCUUACGAGAUUAGAGUGGCCAUUGUUAAGGCUAUGGAGGAAUUAAGAAUAGUGGACACUGAGGAGCUGAUGCGCCACCGAAUACUCAAGUUUCGGGCAGUUGGAGAAGUUGGUUACUACCAUAAAGAAGAUGGUCAAAUGGAAGUGGAAAAGAUACGGAGAUUAAUGAAGCCAUCUCAACUGCCGGCCGCCGUUCUUUCUACCGUAUCUUUCAUUGCUGCAAGCCGUUCUUUGCUUUCAGGCUUUAGUCACCUUCUUUUCUUGCCGUUCGUUGUUCAGUAUUCUGAUUUGUCCGUCAACGCUGCUCCUUCCACGCCGCUAUCGCUGCGUCCUGGCAUCCCUUUUAAGAAUCCAUCUCAAUGGACUGCCCGCCGCUUUCUUGAUAUCCACCAGCUAGCAAGCAAGUCUGCAAUCGAGAAAGAGCGUGCUCGGCUUUCAGAUGAGUUGAAUAGGGGUUAUUUUGCGGACAUUGAAGAAAUGAAGAAGCAUGGUGGCAAGAUCGCAAUGGCCAAUAAGAUUGUUAUUCCCGCAAUGGCAGCCGUGAAAUUUCCUGAACUGGAAGCAAAUUAUUCUGAUGGUUCAAGUCUUAAACUGCCAAUUACCUCCGUUGUUAAAGAUUCUGGUGCCGACAAAUUGGAUGUUCCUAAAGCUUCAUUGCUCUGCCUUUCAUUUCGUGCAAGCUCACAGGCAAUGAUUGAUUCUUGGAGCCUGCCUUUCCUUGAUGAAUUCAGAAACUCUAAUGAUGUUCGUUUAUUUGAGGUGUCCUUUAUAGAUUCAUGGUUACUUACACGAAGCCCAGUAAAGAAGUUGCUUCUACGAAUAAUGAGGAAACCUAAUCCUGAUGAUAUGAAGGGUGCGCUGCAGAGACAAGUUGUAUAUUCUUUUGGUGACCAUUAUUAUUUCAGAAAAGAGCUAAAAAUAUUGAACCUCCUAACUGGGUAUGUAUUCUUGCUCGACAAGUUUGGUAGAAUACGAUGGCAAGGUUCUGGAUCAGCAACUGAAGAGGAGUUAGGUUCGCUUCUGUCAUGUACAUCACUUUUGCUUCAAGAGGCAUAG